GGCUUGAGGCCCCACGACACACAACUCACGUCACCUAGACCUUGCUAAAACCUGAAAACCCCGCCAUGGAUCAUAGAAGUUCAUCGGAUUAGUUGGAAUCAUCACUCAAUCCUUCACAGCAAUCCUCAAAUGGAAGACAAUCUUCGCCCAAAUCAUUCUCACUCUAAUCCUUCUCCUCGAUCAAUCAUGUUCGUCGCUGAAAUGGACAUCUCCAAUCGAUUAUUUCCCAAAAUGGAACGAGAUAAAGUCGACGUUGAUUGGCUCUACUAUUUGCUCUUCAAAACGCUAUAACAACCAUCAUCGUCUACACCGGACUCGACGUCACUUACUGUAAAACCAUGAAAAUGGUACUAUAGUGGUUUAUCUCGUCUACAAAUCACACCAUGGAGAAGCCAUUGAUGUAUCAACCAAUUUGGGCGAAUCAUAGCCAGCUUUCAAAAUCGAUGAAGACAUUCAGCCUCAACCUGCAUCUCAAGGUUAAUAGGUUGCUGGUGCAGCUGGUGAAGCAGCACGGAGAUAGGAACUGGGCAUGUAUUGCUGAAAAGUUCCCUCUGAGGGCUGGGAAGCAAUGCAGAGAUAGAUGGCUAAACUAUUUGAGGCCAAAUAUCAUGAAAAAUGCAUGGUCUGAGGAAGAUGACAAGCUACUGAUUGAAUUGCACAAACAAUUCGGAAACAAAUGGGCGUAUAUUGCGAGAAUGUUUCCCGAAAGGAGCGAAAACAGCAUCAAGAACCAUUGGAAUGCAACCAAAAGAAGGCAGUUAUCAAUGAAUAAUAACAAAAACAUCAAAUACCCCUCCCUCCUGAAAGACUACAUCACCAGUCUCACUUCAUCGUCUUCCGAUGAUCAAAUCAACAUCCAACAAGAACCUCCGGUGGCUGAUACCACAACUGCUCCAUUAGAGCAGCCAGAAAGCUCGGUUUUUGACUCAAUCCAUCAUCAAUCCGAAACGAGCUUCUGGUCUGAUUCUGUGAUCGGUUAUAAGCCUGAGAUGGUGUUCGAUCAGAAUGAUUUUGAGUUUGAUUUGGUUGAUCAACUGCAAUUUGAUCCGAACGCGGAGAGGGAGUUUCUGGACAUGUUCUGCUGGUAGUUCACUUGGCGGUUUUCGGGUUUCGGUAAUUUGUUGUGCUUUUUAUUGGAAUUACUAAACAUGAUGAUGAACUGCCUUAUCAUCUAACAAAUUUUGAUGAGCUUUUGUUGUAUUUUAUGGGAUUUUUGGGGUUUGUUUGA